AUGUCCCUGUCAACACCAGGGCCAAAAACACGGUCCACCUCGCCAACGGUCUUCGAGCAGCAGCGCGAAGAACUCGUGCGCGAGAUUGCCGUGGGCAUGGAACAAGUCCUCCAAAACAUCAACCGGCUGAAUCGGAAUCUGGAGAGUGUUAUCUCGGUAUGUUCAUCCAUCAGCCUCAUAUAUCCAAUCCAGUCCAAUACAUUAUCACCGGGGGAAAAAAAGAAAAGAAAAAAAAUUUAA